GUACCACUGUCCGUGCGUUUUCUGCUUCGUAUAUUGCACUAUUUUAGUUUCGUGUAAACUGUGACUAUUCAUUUUUUUUCGUGUGUGCGAAUCUUUCUUUGUGAACGGAUUUAUCUACAUACAACACACACACCUAUAUAUAUAUAUAUUUGCUUGUGUGUGUGAGCGAGUGUAACAGUGUGUGUGUUUGUUUGGUGUGCCAUGUGAGCCCCUUGCAAUGCAAGAGCAGCAACAAUCAACAGUUGUCAUAAUGCCAACAGCAACAACAGCAACAGCAACAACGUCGACGACUACGAAAAAAUGAAAGGCAACAAGCGACAAGAAAAUUUUAAGCAACUAAAUAAAAUUUAGAUAAAAUUCAAAUCAAAUCAAAACUGGCCAAAUCCAUAAUAACAACAACAACAACAGUGAUAACAAAAAUUUAGAGCGCGGCUCUGAAAGCACAACAACAACAACAACAACAGCAACAACAACAUCGAACAAGUUGUGACCAGCAAAAGCAAAAGCAAAGCAAAAAGAAAUAAAGAGCAAACGGAUUCGAAUACACAUAUAAUAUUUAUUUGUAUGCUAAUUUAUUUUACAAUAAUUCGGUAUUAACCCCAAAUCCAACAAUAACAAACACAACAACAACAAUACGAAAAAACAACAUUUCGACGGAUAAAAAGCCACAACAAUAACAAUCGCAGCGUUGACAACAACAACAGCAGCAACAACAACAACAACGCAUGCCAUCUUCUGCCUCUGCGCCUGGGAUAUAAAGCAGCAAAACCAGAGCUCAAAGUGAAGGCAGAGGGGAGCGCGGAGUAUUCACAUCCUGUGCAAGGAUUGUCGUCCACCUAUCACAAGCGCAAGAAGAAAAAAAAUAAUCAUAUUAAAAAACUGUUGGCGUUGCAUUUGUUAUUCCUGUUUUCAUUUGACAUAUAUGUCGCCUGCCUUGGGCGAUAGGAUUGUGCAAUAGGAUUGUGGGAUUGGUAACGCUGCAGCGGAGCUGGAGCUGCAGGAUUGCCGUCAUGGCAUCAUCAUCGAGAGGCAACAAGCAGCAACAACCAUCCGUUCGCUGGCUGCUGCUACCGCUGCUGGCGCUGGCCGCGCUGCACAUGCACACCUGGAGGGGGCCAGGAGUUGAGGCGCUACCGAUCACCUCGCGACCCAUCGAGGGCAAUGCCCAGGGAGAGGCAUGGCAGGCAUGGCUGGGUCUGUCCGACGAGCAACGUACGCUGGAGAAACAAAAAAAAGUGAUGCCCAAGUCAAUAUUCGCAUUGCCCUUCCGUAACUGCCCGCAGGGCCACAAGCUAUACAACGAUCGCUGCAUACCGCAGAUCAAUAUCAAUCCCACCGACGUGGCGGCACAGGAGCUACAGGGCCAGGUGGGCGAGAGUGGUGGCAGCCAAAUCCCCUUGACGGACUACGACUACAGCGACAGCGAGAGCGAUGAGAUGAGCUACGUGUUGCCGCUGGGUACGAUCAUACAGAGCGAACCGUUAUCGACGCUAACCAGCCCGAGUGGUGCCGAGGACCAGGCGCUGCCCAGCGAGGAUGCACCACUCAAGUUUAAUAUAUUCGAAAAGAAGUUUCCCACCGCUCCCGACGAGUCAAUGCAACCCGAUGCUGUCAAUACGACGUCAGCAAUAGCAACAACACCUGCAACUGCUAUUGCCACUGCAACGACCGCGGCCACGCCCACAAUAGCAACAUUGCGUAAAGAUGAUGCACUGAAGACGCAGCGUCAGUCAGACAAUCGAAUCACUGCUGAUGCUCAAGAUCUUCAGGCUGAUGCCAGCAACGCGCUGCCAAGCACAACAUCCGUCAGUGUACCCAGCAGCAGCAGCAGCAGCCGCAUUGGUACCUUUGGCGAUAUUGGCAAUAUCGAUGCAAUUGUUGUGCCAGUGGGCGUGUCCCUGGACACGGUUCAACUGGUGACAAGUUCGAGUGCGGAUGCGAGGCCAGUGGCAAAUACGGAGGCAGAGGCCGAGGCCGAGGCAGAGGCAGACGCAGAGACGGAGCCGGACUUGGAGCAGUUGCUCAAGGUCGACGCCUUUCAGCCAGUUUACGGCAGCAGCAGCGGCAGCAGCAGCGUAAAUAUGAUGCCACUUUUCAGUCAUCGUCGCAUCUCGCCGCUGCUCAGCGCCGAUAUAGAUGGCGAUGAUGCAGCGACAACGGAUAUUGUUCCAACAUGGGAUGAUGAUGGCGAUGCUGCUGCUGCUGCUGCUGCUUCGACUACGACGACGACGACAACAACAGCAACAGCAGAAACAACAACACCAGCCACUGUUGAUGCUGCUGCUGAAACCGAAGUUGCUGCCAUACGUCAAGAUGACAAUGGCAAUAAGAGAGAUGAUGACCGGUUUUAUUAUCAACAUUUUGCCAGAAAUGUUGCUGCCAGUGGUAGCACCAGCAGCAGUAGCAGCAGCAGCAGUAGCAGCAACAAGAGCAGCAACAACAGCGGCAGCAGCAGCAGCAGUAGCAGCAGCAGCAGCAGCAGCAACCGCAGCAGUAAUACUGACAGUGACUUGGAUGUGCUGAACGAUAUGGCAUCCAGUGAAAAUUUAAUGACAAAUACAAUCGGUGGCCAGGGUGACAGUGAGAAGCCGGCAAGUGAAAUUAAUUUCGAGCAUGAAUUGCGCAUUAUAAACGAGCUGGUUAACGGCAAGCGGCGAUUACCGCAGCUGCAACAAAAGCAACAUGAGCAACAAUCAACGACCAACGCGAGCAGCAACAAUACGACAAUGCCAACGACAACAACACCAACAGCAACAAUAGCAGCAACAUCACCAACAACAACAACAACAACAACAAUAGCAGCAGCACCAAUUAUCGAAAGCAGUUCGACCGCGUUUAGCACAACAGCAACAUCUAUCGAUGCAACAGCAACAGCAACUGCAACAGCAACCGAAAAAGAAACAGAAAUAGAGACCACAACAUUUUGGUCAAAGCUCAUGCCAAGGCUGGGCCUGAGCUCAACAGAGCAAACAGCAGAGACAAUAGCAACGCCUGCAGCCACUUUAAUAUCGGGCAAUUUAGCUGGCAGCUCAAUGGCAACUACAGCAAUAACAACAACAGCAGCAACACAAGCAACAACUGUAGCCAAACAGCAUUUAAGUAUUAAUAGGAAUCGUAUGACUAUGAAUAGUAAAAUAAUUAGAGUAUAUAACAUUGGCAAUAUCCCACAAUCAAUAUCAACAACAAAAACAGUAGCAACAACAACAACAGCAACACCACCAACAUCAACUUUUGAAACACCCACCGAUGACAAUUAUUCGCCGCUUUGGUGGCUGGAAAAAAUUGGCUUGCGUUUGGAUCGUCAGGUGGACGAACAGAAUGAGGAACGUUCGCUGCUCCUGCGCUUUUUUAUACCAUUUCGUGCUAACGACAGCAUCACAAAAGUGACAACGACAGCGACAGCAUUGCCGUAAUGAAGCGACGCUAAUGUUUAGCGCUACAGCGAGCCUUUUAGCCUAUGUGCAUAUGCGGCUUUCCUGGAGCGGCGCUGCUCCUAGCUGCUCUCGCCAAUGCCGAGAGUCGCUGGAGUCCGUUGGGCGGCCGGGAUUGUUGUCGUGUGUUGUGUGGCGAUGCCGGCGGCAACAACGUUUCAAUUAUGUGUUGAAGUCUGUUUGUCUAGUUGCAAUGGCGUCCAAUUGUUUUUUUUUUUUUUUGUUCAUUUCCACUAAGUACUUGGCUCUCAGUUUUGUCAAUAAUUUUUUUGCAAUUUUUCAUUUUAUCACUUUCAAAACUUAUUAAAUUGGUUUUUCUUUUCUUUUUUUACGUGUAUGUAUUUUUUUUUGGUACAUACUUAUUCUGUCCACAAUUUCGAUUAUGAUCUAAUUUUAUUUAAUUAUUUUUUGUUUGUUUGCAAACACUCUUAGAUGUUGUAAUAUUUUUUUUUGUGUUAUUUAGUUUGCUGCGUCUUUUAUGUUGUUGAUUUAAUUUUAAUAUACAUAUUUUUUACAAUAGUUUUAUUUAUGUGCUUUUGUGGAGCACGCGCUCGCCAGUAACAAGCAAAUUGCUGUUGUUGCUGAUGCUGUUGUUGCUGCUGCUGCUGUUGCUGCUGCUGCUGUUGCUGUUGCUGCUGUAUACCUUAGCAAUAUUUAAUUGUGAUUAUUUAAAGUUAAACCUAGUUCUUAGUACAUAUACUAAAACACACUCACCCCCACAGAAUAUGAUUACUGCUAUUAUUAUUGAUAUUAUUAUAUCUACUCUAUUUGUACCAUAAAUCCCAUUAGCCCAACUAUGCAUAUCCCACGCCCUUACCCUUCACCCCUUCCCGUAUUACAAAUAACAUCGUUUUUUUUUUUUUUAUGUAAAGCCUUGUCUCUGUGUAUAUACCUUCAAUGGGAAGCCAUUAAUAUGCGACGGUUAAUUUUAAAUAUUGUAAAUUGCUGCUGCAUUUGAAUUUGAAUAUUGUAAU